UUGUUGACCUUACUAACCAGUCAUAUUAGCAGGAUAGAUGUCUGAUCCAUUUCUCUCGCAACCCAUGUUGUUGAUAUAGAAGUGAAGUGUUUUACCUGGUAAAAUAAUUGAAAAAAAUAUUUUGCUAAAAUGUAUUACACAAUAAAAAAAGUGGUAACUUUAUUUUAAAUACAAUCAAUAAAACGUCACAUGGAAGGGAGGAACGAUAUUAUUUAGCGAUGUGGUUUCCAAACGGAAGUUUCAACUUGUGCACAUUGUCCAGCAACGCUUGAUCGUUCGGUCGGUUGUCAGUGAUAUAGCCCAAUGCUGUAACUAAAUUGUUUAGAAACAGAUUAGUUAUAUUACGUGUAUGACUCGUGCUUUGGCGUACUCUAGUCACUUUAAACAGGGUUGUACGGCAAAGAUUUGGAAAACGGUGUAACUGGAGCAGUGGCUUAGCUGCCAAGUUAACAAAAAACCGUCGGCUCUAUUUGUGUAGAAUAUCAGUCACAUACUGUAAAAAGUUACCUUCUGGGUUAAACAUGGACAACCACGAACAGUCACCACCCACUGAAGGAAGCGUCGACCGGUCUACGCUAGUGUCAGAGGAUGGAACGAACAUUAAGUCAGUUUUGUGCCAACGUUGUGGAUCGAAGGUGCUGUGCCCAGGCAUGGCGGUGUUCGCAGAGAAGGAGCUGUUCCUGCCCUCAAUGCGGAAGAAGACCACUAUCACCCAAUCAGAGGGAUCCGUGGAUGGGGAUACACUAACUGCCCACUGGUUAGUCGAUGACAUGUACACCUUUGAAAAUGUGGGCUUCACUAAGGACGUGGGAAGAAUCAAGUACCUCAUUUGUGCGGACUGUGAGAUUGGACCCAUUGGCUGGCACUGCCUAGAUGACAUAAAGAGCUUUUAUGUUGCACUGGAAAGAGUCAAUCACGCCUAAUGUGGCCUUGACAAAAUGUUAGAAACUGAAGGACAAGACAGACCAACGCAUACGUCAGCCGUCCACAGUAGAUUACCUGCCGGGUGUCGAUUGACAGUGGUGAUUCGACUGAGGUCCCAACGAUUUAGCCACUGUUCAUGGGUGACAAACAUGGGUCUGUCUUGUGCUUAACUGUCCUCUUUUCAUUCCCCUCUCUGGCUGGUGCUAGGAUCCAGUUCCUCAGCUCAACAAGGCCGAGUGGUCAUUCGAAUAAUUUGUUCUUUACUCAUCAACAAUGGUAUUGGUGUGGUUCUCUGAAACAGGUCUUAUAAAAUAAUUUUUUAAUACGAGACUGCAACUAACCCGUGUACUGCUGUUAACGUUUUGGUCUGAGGUUAACUUUGCAGCAUCUGGAAUUACUUUCUGCUUCUGAAAUAUUUUCAGACUUUCUGAUUCUACUAACUCUCUUGUUGCAGAUGGUAUUAUAAAGAAAUGUGGAUUUCUACUGUUUGAAUGGUUGGUGUGUGUAGUGGCUUGGCACACCAUUCUAUGCUGACUUAUGGGAGUGAUGGUCAGUGUGCUGUAUGUAUUUGUUGCUGAUUAACUCUAAGAGACCAUGUUUCGUCUUUUCAUGUACAACAGUCUUUGACUACUUCUCUGCCACCGUGGUUGGCCCGGCUGGUGUCAACUAACUCCAGCGGCCCCAUUAACUCUGUACAGUACUUGCUCGCCAUGGAAUAUUCCGGAAUGUGCUCCAUUACAUCUGUGUUACGGACUUAAUUACCCUUGCUCUAUUGUUAAUGUAUUGUUUUCCUUCUUUCUCUGCAACCACACACGUUCUUAACUCUGAAAAAUAAAAUCUGUCAAACCGUUCUGA